CUCUCAUUCCCCCUCCUCCUUCUCUCCUCUCUGCUCUUGUUGGCAGCGUUCGGCCCAGUUUCCAGGCUUCAAACACCGUCUGCACUCAUUUGUCGGUAGUUUGACUGUUUACUUUGGGCUCGUCCGCACCCGGGGCGCCACUCUCCUUUUGCACCCAAACACUCGCUGGGCCCAACCACCCACAACCACCACCACCCAAUACCGCCCACCCACCCAACCCGCCUUCUCCUUCUGAUUCAUUUCUUUCCGUCAUCAUCACAACAACCCAACCCCGCCCUUCCCUCUCCUCUCUCCUCCUCUCUCCAACAAACACUCUAGUCUCUGAACAUUGUUACAUAGUCUUGCUUCUUAGUCUUUAAUCCCUCUCACAAACACCCCACCAAAGCACCUUCUUCUCUCGCCCUCUGCGCCGACACUACGGAACAGCGGAUUGAUUCGUCGACGGCCCAACACCGACGACAACCAACUCGCCUCCACCCGCCAAGUCGACCAACAGAGGACAAUACCAUCGUCCCCCCCACCCCUCACCCAACACCCUCGCGCAUCAGUCAACAUGAACAGGGCUGCAAACCCAAGGCGAGUUGCCACUCGUUCGUCAAAAGUCACCGACGAGAAUGCCGUCCCAGUACGUGCUGGCGACAAGGGUGCUCCCAGUCGUCUGGCUCCCAAGGCCGGCGCCCUGCUGCAGCAGCCAUCCAAGGCAGGCAAGAUUCUUGACAACGCCAAGGCUGGCAUCAAGCGCGAGCGCAACGUCUUAGGCGCGGUCACCAACAUCAGGGACAAUGCCGACGAUGCAAAGAAGCCUGCAAAGGGCGCAGUCAAGGCGGAGGCUAGGCCACCAUUGGCGACCCGCCCCUCGCAGACGCAGCAGCAGCAGCAGACUCGCCCCAUUGCACCUGUUCCUCAUCGCACCACCAAGCCGUUCUCUACCCUCGACCGCAAUGCCGCUGACGACGUCCUCGUCCGUUCAGAGAUGGACGUUGACAAGCUGGCACCCGCCUUGGCAGACGACAUGCUGGACAUGGAUGACGAGGCAACUCUUGGUGCUAUGAGUGAUGGUGACAUGGAGGAGGAGGAAGAGGAGUAUGACGACGAGGACUGGCUUCGCAUGUCCGACGAGGAAGAGUAUGCCGCCCAUGCCGAGCUCGACAUGGUCCGCAAGACCUUCCAGGACGACAUCGACCUCUUUGACACCACCAUGGUCGCCGAGUAUGCCGACGACAUCUUUGCGCACAUGGAGGAGCUCGAGAUCGCGACGAUGCCGAACCCUCGGUACAUGGAGUUCCAGACGGAGAUUGAGUGGACGAUGCGCACCACCCUUAUCGACUGGUUGUUGCAAGUCCACCUCCGUUACCACAUGCUUCCCGAGACUCUUUGGAUCGCCGUCAACCUUGUCGACCGCUUCCUGUCGGUUCGUGUCGUCUCGCUCAACAAGCUCCAGCUCGUUGGUGUCACGGCCAUGUUCAUCGCCGCCAAGUACGAGGAGAUUCUCGCCCCGAGUGUCGACGAGUUUGUCUACAUGACCGAGAACGGCUACUCGAAGGAGGAGAUUCUCAAGGGCGAGCGCAUCAUUCUGCAGACCCUCGACUUUACCAUCUCGUCCUACUGCUCGCCAUACUCGUGGGUUCGCCGCAUCUCCAAGGCCGACGACUACGAUAUUCAGACCCGUACCCUGUCCAAGUUCCUCAUGGAGGUCACCCUCCUCGACCACCGCUUCCUGCGCUGCAAGCCAAGUAUGAUUGCCGCUGUUGGCAUGUACCUGGCCCGCAAGAUGCUUGGCGGUGACUGGAACGAAGCCUUUGUCUUCUACUCCAACUUUACCGAAUCACAGCUCGUCUCGGCUGCAGUCAUGCUCUGUGAGCGUCUUGUCGAGCAGGGCUUUGAGAAGGUCUACGUCUACAAGAAGUACUCGAACAAGAAGUUCCUUCGCGCGUCGACCUUUGCUUGUGACUGGGCUCACAACCAUGCUGCGACUACUUGGUCUCCUAGAGAGUAA